CGCCGCCCGCCCUGCCCCGCGCCCCCGACGCCCCGCCGCGCCCGCCCCCGGCCACCCCCCGGGCUCGUGGCGCCUCUCGGACCCCCGAGGACGCGCCGGGGGCGCCGGGCAGUGCGGGGACGGCGCGGAGCGGGGUUGGUCGGCGCGGGCAUCUCCCCCCCGCCACGGCCUGACCAGUGGAAGGCGCCGGCAGCUGAGGUUCCGAGUGGCCUCGGCGGUGGGCUGUGCCGGAGUCUCCUCCCUUUGGCCGGCCGCAGGUUGGUGGCGGGAGCGGGGGACAGCUGAGAGCGCGGGGAGGGGGCGCUCUGCGCGGGGCCAUGGCCGAACCCAGAAGCCGGGAGCCCGAGACUGGGGCCUGCAGCCCCAGUGUCGCCGCCGCCAUGGCCUCGCAGCAGCUCUUCCGCGCGCUCGUGUCGGCGCAGUGGGUGGCCGAAGCGCUCCGGGCCCCGCGGGCCGGGCAGCCCCUGCAGCUGCUUGACGCCUCCUGGUACCUGCCCAAGCUGGGCCGCGACGCGCACCGCGAGUUCGAGGAGCGCCACAUCCCUGGCGCCGCCUUCUUUGACAUCGACCAGUGCAGCGACCGCACGUCGCCCUACGACCACAUGCUGCCCAGGGCUGCGCACUUCGCCGAGUACGCGGGCCGCCUGGGCGUGAGCGCCUCUACCCACGUCGUGGUCUACGACGCCAGCGAUCAGGGCCUCUACGCAGCGCCGCGCGUCUGGUGGAUGUUCCGCGCCUUCGGCCACCGCACCGUGUCGCUUCUCGACGGCGGCCUCCGCAACUGGUUGCGCCAGGGCCUCCCGCUGAGCGCGGGCAAGAGCCGCCCGGAGCCCGCAGAGUUCCACGCGGUGCUGGACCCCGCCUACGUCAAGGCGUACGAGGACAUCAAGGAGAACCUCGAAUCCCGGCGCUUCCAGGUGGUGGAUGCCCGCGCCGCUGGCCGCUUCCGGGGCACCGAGCCCGAGCCCCGAGAAGGCAUCGAACCCGGCCACAUCCCCGGCACUAUCAACAUCCCCUUCACGGAAUUCCUGACCAAGGAGGGCUUGGAGAAGAGCCCCGAGGAGAUCCGCCUCCUCUUCCAGGACAAGAAGGUGGACCUGUCCCAGCCCCUGGUGGCCACGUGCGGCUCCGGCGUCACAGCCUGUCAUGUGGCACUGGGGGCCUACCUCUGCGGCAAGCCCGAUGUGCCCCUCUAUGACGGCUCCUGGGUGGAGUGGUACAUGCGCGCCCAGCCCGAAGACGUCAUCUCCGAGGGCCGGGGCAAGACCCACUGAGGCGUGGCGGGACACAGGAAGCUCGGGUGACACCCAGCCGCCAGCAGUGCCCAGCCUGGUGGUUCUGACUCUGCUUUGACCAGUAUAGGGUUUCUUCCUCCAACCCAGGUGGCGCUUAGGGUGACAUCCCAGAGGCCAGCAAUUCCGCUGCCUCGCGGGCUCUCAGUGGAGGCGGCAGAGAAGGUGGUGGCGGGAGCAGGGGGAGGGGAGCUGCCCACGUGGUGCCGAGCUGGAGCCCCACCUCCCCUCUGUUGAGAAAUAAAACAGUCAAGUGCUAAAUCCUUCUAA